AUGGGCAAGGGAAACUGCUCCGGUGUGACCGAGUUCAUUCUCCUCGGAUUCGCAGAAGCCCCUGAGUUGAGAGUCGUCCUCUUCUCUGUGUUCCUUCUCAUCUAUGGAGUCACGGUGCUGGGCAACCUGGGCAUGAUGGCAGUGAUUCAGGUCAGCUGUCACCUUCACACUCCCAUGUACUUUUUCCUCAGCCACUUGUCCUUUGUGGAUUUUUGCUACUCCACCGUCAUCGUGCCAAAGAUGCUAACUAGUACCUUAAACGAGGACAAAGCCAUUUCUUUCCUGGGGUGCACCGUGCAAUUCUACUUUGGCCACUUUCUUCCCUGUCUUACUGUCGACACUGGACUGUGCAUUCCUUGGAGAUGA